AAAAACUACGAAACAAGAGAGACUGAGUUGAGAGAAGUUGGCAACAAAUCGCAUUGCGUUGGUCCAAAGCAAACAGACCAGCAAACAGCCAGCAACCAAAAAUAGCCAACCCAAAUCUUAGCAACAUUUUCCCGGUGUGGUGUUGCAGCAACAUUUUGUGUUUGUGUAGAUGUUGUUGCUUCUGCUCGCCUUCAUCAUGAGAUUCGUAGACAUUUCCAAACGCUGUGCCGAUUGCUCGAGAGCUGGCAUUGAUUGCCCCCAUACAACAGGCAACAGGAACGGCCAUAGUGAUGCCAAUGGCAAUACAUUUGGCUGGCAACAUGUUGCCAACACAUCAGUUGGCAACACUCACAGCAAUAGCAGCAGCACAAGCAGCGGCUGUGACAGCAACAGCUCCUCCAAAGAGAACUACUAUGUACAAACCAACAAAAAUCAACAACAACAACAACAACAACAGUAUCUACAGAAGCAACAUGGAUCUGGAGUUCGGGUCGAUGGCUUGACCCCGCAGCAAUUGCAACAAAUUCGUCAUUAUCAACAAAUGCAACAGCAACAAUUGAAUUUACUGCAACAGCAAUUAUUGCAACGGCGACGUCUGCAGCAGCAAUUGCGCGAACAGGGUGUACCUUCUCCAACAACAGCAGCAGCAGCAACAACCACAACUAUUGCUGGGCUGACCUGUAAUCAGCAAUAUUUGAGGCAACAGCGACAGCAGCAACAUAAUAAUGAUAACUUGAAUAACAACAACAAUAUUAAUAAUCAAAUUAAUCAGAUCAACAAUAAUGCCAAUAACAACAACAACAAUUACAAUGUUAUGGCUUUUGAUCUUGGUCAAGGACUGAAACUUCGACGUGGCAUGACAGAAUUCUCAACAAACAACGAUCACAGGAAAGCACAUUUCACCUCAUCUCAGCAAAAACCGCUUCAAAAUUCACCCAUUCAUCAAGCUAACACCCAAUCGCCCCAUCCACAUCCCCAUUUGCUUCAACGCUUAGCCCAACAGCAACAGACUUCUUCUCUACCCUUUAGCCCAAAGUACAACGGCAACAUCACGGCUGCCUCCGCAACUUCACCACAUUCCCCAUUGAGUUGUUAUCGCAAUCCCGUCAAUAGUCCAAGCAAUCAUCUGCCAUUUAGCACCACGACGACAUCACAGACGACGACAAUUGGCAAACGUUACCAGCAACAGUUAACCGAUCGCCUGUUGCAGCAGCAACAUCUGCAACAUUGCCAACAGCAACAGCUACAAUCGCUUGGCUGUGAGGAUGAUGAAGACGAUCCAAGUGCCGCUGAUGAUUUAAGCGAAGAGAGCCUCAAACAGAAUGUUGCCAUUGUGCUGAGCAAUUUGGAUCGUUAUAACAACGCGUUGCGCAGCAUCAUACUGAAUGAGCAGGUGAGCCAACUGACACCCAGCCCCAGUGGCAGCAGUAGUCUCUUCCUUGACGACAUCAACGAGACGAAAUUUCCGUUGGACAACAACAACUUUCUGUUGGGUAGCAACAACAUGGCGGCUACACCGGAAUCCGAUUACAAUAGCAAUGCUACUACGCCCGGAGGACAACAGCAGCAGCAGCAGCAGCAACAACAACAACUUGGGGUAGGUGGAAUGCUUUGUGGUAAUGUUGGUGUUGGUGGUGGUGGCGGGAUGAGGGAUACAACUUCUACUACUAUCAAUGGCGGUGGCAACAAUCUGAAUUGUUCAUUGGCCUCAUCGCAUGAUUUUACUCACGACAAUUCCGAUUAUCAGUGGUUCCUGGACUAUGGCUAUCGGGAUGGUUGCGGUGGCAUGCAGCGUAGCGUGCUCAGUUCCCUCUCGGCCUCAUAUAAUGCCAUGGGUGACUUAAUCUACUAUGAGGAUUUGGCAAAAAAUCUGGAUGCCAAUCUGGCCGAAGUUGAUAUGGAGAGUUUUCGUGCCGAGGAUAUACAUUCGUUGCUUUCCCAAUUGCCAGCCUAUUGUAAGAGUCUUGGCGGUGCGAAUAGUCGCCUGCAGCAAUCGUUGCUACUCCAGCAGCAGCAGCAGCAACAACAGCAGCAGCAACAUCAACAACAGCAACAACAACAGAUGUACCACAGCAAUAUGGGCCAUAAUAUGCACAACAUGUCACAGAUAUCAACAACUUCCACAAAUGAACUGAUUGAUAAUUCCUUUUGCAAAUCGGAGCUGCUCUUCUCGCCAGUCAAAGAGUCCCAUAUAUCGGUUGACUCACUCGAUAUGGAUGCGUAUCCAGAUGAUGGUGAUAUUGUAUUAACCUGCAACAAGGACAACUAUACAAUUGCCUUUGAGGGCAGUGUACUUUAUUCCGAUGACAGUUUCUAUGCUGAACCCAGUGACAACGCCCAGAGGAAUAAUAAACAAAACUGCAUUAAUUUGCACAGUAAUCUCGAAGAUAUAGUGAAACGCAACAAAGCCCUGGAAGUGUCCAUGUCACGUUCGGCUCAGGCAUUCCAGCCUCUAUGCCCCAAAUCGCCCAAGGGGCAGGCAUCCACAGCGGUGGCAGCAGCAGCAGUAGCUCAAUUGCAGAGACGCUCGUUAUUCCUUGUCUCGCCCUCUCGCAGGUAUCCCUCGGGCAAUAAUAACCACACCACAAAUACGGAUACCAUCACCAUAACCCGGCAUUUGCCCCAGUGCAGUGUCCGAAAGAGCAACAGCUUGCCGAACUUGCAAAACGAGGAUACAAUGACGUUCAGUUCGCAGCAGCAGCAUCAACAACCUCAGCAGGGGCCACAAACUGGCAAGGAUUCUGAGCAGGCGGCUCCUUUAAAUGUCUCACAGGCCAUUAGUACAUCGACCAUGGAGUCGUGCAAGUCGCGAUCACGUAACUUGUUGCCCAUGUGCCAGAUGCCCAUCUCAAUAAGUGUGUCCAUAUCGGAAAGACUGCAACAUCAAGGUUUGCCACAGCAGGAAGCCACACUCAUAUCACAGCAACUUGCACAGCAACAACAGCAGCAACAACAACACCAACAGCAGCAGCAGCAGCAUAAUCAUCAUCAUCAGCACCAACACCGGCAUAAGCAUCAGCAACAUCGCUGCAGUUGCUCCCAAGAGAGUCAGAACUUUUGCAUCUCUGGAUCUGCCUCGUCGGGCAAUUCCUCCAAUCCGCCGGCGUUUAAUCUAGUCAAGCUUUUCAUUAAGCAAAAGAGCUGUAGCAGCGCUCAAACAGACGAGGCAAUAGCCCAGGCCAGUGCCCACACCUGUAUGGAUGUGUCAUCUGGUUGUUGGCCCUCCAGCGAUGCCGCCAGCUCUAGCAGCGGUUCCCUGGAGCAACGUUUGCGUAAGAAGAGUAUGCACGAUUCGGGCAAGGGUUCGGCUGUGAGUCGCCACGACGAGGAGGAUGAGGAAGAGCAGGGCCAGCAGCAGCAGCAGGAAAGGCAAACGCCUAAACGUCAAUUGCGUUCUCGCAGUGAUGCUGUCUUUUACGAUGAUCCCGCAGCAAGCUCCAGUUCCACAGGUUCUCUAACCGCCACCAACAACUCACCGGCACAUCGUCGUCGGAGUAUGCCAUUGCGUAAUCCUCAGCUCUAUCAACUGGCAGCGAAUUCUCAAGCGCAUACCUCGACGACCAGCCAAUUGUCAUCGGAUGCCAGUUCGGAGCAAAUGACCCAGGUGCCGCAACGUGCUGAGAGUACCCGUCCUCUAUCCUGUGCCUCCAGCUCCGAGAUGAUUACCCGCUCCAUGCAAACCUCAUGCGGAUCAUUGAGCACCACCAGGAGCAGUCUAAGCGAAAGGUAUCGUUGUGUGCCGCCCUCAUUUCUGGAGAAGCUCAACAAUCUGGGCGAACAACGACAGGCGCCCAUCUAUGUCAUCUAUCCGAACUAUGCCCUGCCCGACUUGGGUUUUGUAAAGACCAACACCAGUUCCGAUGUGAUCUUCACGCCCUUCAACUACAAGAUGACACUGGAAGAGGCUGGGGCCAGCAAUUCCACAAGUUCGGGCACGCUGAAAAAGCAGCGCAGCAGCCAAAGCAUCAACGAGGAUGAGCUCUUCAAGACAAUGGACUACAAGCAUAUUGCCGAUUGGCAAUCUCUGGCCACUCUUUUACCCAUAGAAUAUCGCCAUCGACUGCAGCAUAUUCCCGAGGUGAAGCAGAUUGUCCGACAGCUAGAUACAGAUCUCGCUCAGCGUCCAUUGUUCUGCAUGAGUCCGCCGAUAAGGCGAAAUAGGACACAUAUCUGCGAUUGUGCCAAGUACUUCCAGCAGACGCCUGGCCAAGGGGAGCAAACGCAGCUGGAUGAAGGUUCUAGUUCGGGAUCAAGUCAACAGCCAAGCUCAGGCUAUCGCGGCUCAUCAACGCUGCUCACCGAUUCCGAAUUGGAUGCUGAUCCCUUGAAGCAAAUGUAUGUCUAUCAGUAUGAUCAGCAACAGCGUAUGGAUUCGGGGGUAGAGACGAGUCCGGCUAGUCAACAGACUCCACCACAGCCCAUGCCAAGAAGUAUUCUGCGUAAAGCCAAUUCGGCCAAUUCGGCGCGUUCCAAGCGCAAUUCCAUGAUCGAGGCCCAGCAGACACAGAAGAUGUCUAAGCUGGAGAAGCGUCGAAGUCUCCAGGAGCCACCCUAUUCCUACGCCUUGGGCUCGAACGAUGAGUUGGCCGAUGUAUUUGAAGAGGAGGAGCAUAGUCAGCAAACGCCACCAGUUAAGCAGCGACUCUCUCGCAAGGAUAUCGAUGCUCGGGCUCGGGCCGAGAACUUUUUGGCCUCGCUACCUCGUUCUGAACUCAAGUAUUAUGCUGAGAUUGCAUCCAUUCUCGAGUCUUCCGGUGAGCAAGUGCAAUACGAUGCGGCGGCCCUCAAAAAGGAAGUCAGUCGUGUGCUUAGUCAGCAAAAGAAGGUGUCCUUCAACGACGAGGCGGCUGCCACAGUGUCCAAUGGACUGCAGCAGGCCAAACGCUUCUCCACUCCACCCAAUUCGCCAAACAUUUCCAUGGCAACGCAUCAGCGACGUGAAACUUUGGACAUGCUGGAGCAACGCAAGAUCGAAAGCAAUCGCUUUAAGCGUCUGCAGAUUCAAUGGGAACUGAUGAGCAAAGACUCGAGCAUGCUGAAGGAGUUGGCAAGCGAGGCGGCCACAAAGAGUGGCGGUUCCACACCCACCUCCGCCAAUUCAUCGACCAGCAAUGCAGCGCAAAGAUCACGAAUUCCACGGCCAGUGAGCUAUCCAGCCGGACGUGGCAGGAGUUGCAUUCCAACGCCAACUCGCCCAAUUAGUAGCCCAUCACCGGCUCGUGCCUCACCCAAGACUGUCAUUCAAAGCAAAAACAAAACCACUCCUUUGUCCACCCCUCGCCUAAACAGAGUCAGUAAUCAUGUUCAGGAUGUUGGCAGUGGAGGCAAGGCAAGCACACGAUCGCCCAGCCGUAUGAUUCAGCCGAAACGAUAUAGUCUGGCUGGCACGCCCCCAACGCCAACCCCAGCAGCAGCAACAACAACAACCACACCCACAACUAGUAGGGCACGGACGCCCACAAGUCGAGUUGCAGUUACGGCCCCAAAUACACCAAAACGACAAAGUGUUGCCCCGUCGUCCAGGCCCACCUCGCGAGUGCGUUGAGCGCGUCCACAUGAGUUGUUCAAGUGUGUCCAGUCAUCACCAAUUAGUCAUCAACCCAAAAAACGGGAGAAAAAACAAAAGAAAACUUCAAAACAUAUUUAAAAAAACAAAACAAAGAACAAUGAUACAUUGUAAAAUUCUAGGCUAAGGCUUUGUGUGCUUAGAUGCCGCCGCUGCUACUGCUGCUGGCCCGGAAAGUGAUAUUUAGUGAGAUCAGAUCUGUAGACGGAAGCGUAGACAUAGGCUGAGGCUGAUUACGAUGAUGAUGAUGAUGAAGAUAAUGCCAGUGCUAGUAUUUCAUUUAACUUUCUUUCUUAAGUUGCGCCUUAGAGCAAAGACAGACAAGCCAGGAGUUAGCUAAAUUUCUUUUCUACAAAAAAUAUACAAGAAAAAAAAACGAUACAAUACAUAUGUAUGCCAAGUACGCGUAAAUCUAUAAACAAUACUAUAUUUGUAUGUAUAUAUACAUAUACAUAUAUAUUAUCAUCGCAAAGGCAUAUGGAUAGGGAUUAAUUCCAUUAGCCUACUCCAUCAAAUUUAUAAAUUGUAUAAAAACAUAUUUUCUAUAAACUAUGCCGCAUAUAUAGUAAAUACAAAUACUCGAGAAGAAACAUUUAACAAACUUAAUGGCAUAACAACAUACAUACAUUUGAGCGAAAAUAAAAAACCACAAAUAUAUA